AAGGAAGGAAGGAAGAUACUUUGAAAGCGCAUUGCUCCGUACAAAAAGCUUUAAAGCUAACCAUUUGAAAUAAUAAAAGAAUUACAGAAUUGCUAACAAAGAAGUAAAUCAUAAGUGAGAACUACGGCUUAUAAUACUUAUUUAAUAAAACGAUUGACUAACAUUUUCAUGUCAAAUUGCGGGAUUGAAUGCAAUAUCGAAAAAUAAUACAAAUUGUUAACCUUGUCAACCUCAAUUUCAUCUGUGCUAUUUACAUCCCUUCGAGUUCGUAGUGCACGGAGGAACAACGUGGGAAUAUCUAAAUAUUGUCACUAAAAACGUAUAGCUUUUAAUAUACUAAUUGAACAUAUUUCCUUAUUAGUUAGUAGUUGAUAAAAUGUCGAAUCUACCCAUACGAACGUACCAAAGAAAAAAUGCAGCUAAGCAAACGUCUAUACUUUAUAAAAAUCCUACAAUUAUUUCUCGUACAAAUACUCAACUUAAAUCCUCUAAGAACUAUAAUAUAAAGGUGAAGGAGAAGCUUAAAAAUGUGGAUGAUACCUUAGACUAUGAUCCAUUCGACACUACCUUUGAUCGACUUGCAAAAGAUGCUAGAUUACCGCCAGUACCUCCUAUAUCAGGAGGUACACAUGAUUCUUGGUAUGACAGUAGUGACAACAGCCUACCAGUACAUAAUUCUUCAACAAUUUCUGUUGCUCAAGACCUAAUACGCACAAAGAAUAAAGCUUCUGUAAAAGUGGUAAAAAAAGGGAAAAGGAUAAAAGAUUCAAUGAUGGUCAUGGUUAAUAAAGUUACAAGGAAUAAGUAUCCAAAGCCUGUGAGGAAGACUAGACAGAAGAAUGGUUUAGCAAUGCUGAGUGUAAAUGAAACAGACAUUUGUUUAGAAAAGGAUUUCAAAGUCAAACGCAAAUAUAACCAUAAAAAGAAGAAUAAUAAUAUUAUUAAAGUAGAAGAAUCUAAGAAAGAUGUAAAACAUGUUUUCUCACAAAACUCAAAUCAUAGCAGUAAUAACAGUAGUGUUAUUGAUCAUAAACUUAUAAUAGAAUCAGUAUCUGGCAAUAAUCCCUCAAAGGUUGCUAAAAUUGACUUGCAAAGCUCAAACACGUCAGAAAUAACUAAAGCAACGAAUAUGGAAGAAGUACCCUCAAAACGUAAAAAAGCUGCAUGGAAAAUGAAGAUUGUGUUAUCACCAAAUAAAAAGAAGAUAUUUCAGGAAAGAAAAAGAAAGAGCAAGAGUAAAGGAAACUCCAGCAAUUUACAUUCAAGUAAUGAUGUUCAUAUUAAAAAACAAAGAAAAUUGAAGAGCAUAGAUAACAAUGUUCCAGCUGUACAAGAUAAUCAAAAUCAAACAAGCAUAAAUCAUCUAGUUAACAGACCAGAAGUAAACUCUUCAUUUAGUGUGAGUAAUAUUUCAAUGAACAGUUUAAAUGACGCAAGUGAUCAGAUAGAUAAUACAGACGUGAACAGUUCAUCCAAUAAUAUAAACAAUAUCUCAAUGGACAGUUCAAAAAGGGAAUCCAUGGACCUAUUAAAACUAUCAAAUAGCAUAAAUUUACUGGCACAUUCUACACCGUAUUCUAAUUCUAAAAAGAGUUCAAAUAAUAAACCUAUGGAUCCACUGGAAACAUUGACUAACGUAAAAGCUUCAGCACAUUGUACAUUAUAUUCUACUUCUAAGGAGAGUUUAAAUAACAAACUCAUCAAUCCACUGAAACAAUUCACUGACAUAAAAUCUAUAGCACCUUCUACACUGUAUGCUCCUAAUAAGAAUUCAAAUAACAAACCUAUGGAUUCACUGGAACCGUCGACUAGCAUAAAAGCUGUAUCACGUUCUACAUCGUAUCCUAACUCUAGUAAUUCAGUUGAAGUAACGAAGCCAAUGAUAAUAGUUAAACCUUGUUGUGUAAAGCUAGAAAGGUACGAAAAGAACAAGACUAAACAAAACUAUUUGAAGGAGUACGACAAAAAGGAAAUUUGUAUUCCAGACUUCAGUCAUUUACCUGCUGAAAAUAUUACAUACGAACACGUUGAAACUACCAGAAAUAAUUUAUCUCAAUCCAUUAUUAGAUCUUGUUCAGUUAAAAUAUCUAGGAAUGAUGUGGAUAAAUUUCUGAAAUCAACGUCUAUAAUACAGGAAAUUAAUCCACUUCAAUUGGAUUCAAGAAAUUGUACCAACCAAUUAAAUAUUAAAGAGUGUAGUGUUAAUUUAUCUCGAAUAAGACUUUCUGAGUACAAAAAAAUUAAAUUGUGGGAAUCUAAUCUACCUAUGCAAAAUUAUCACGGCUUAAUGUGUAGCACACCAUUAGAGGGGCCAGUGAAACAGUCACUCAGGAAAGUUCGCUUUUCACCCAUCAACAGUCUUACUUCUAUUAAAACAAAGAGGCAAAAAAUUCAAGUUAAAGAUAAACGUAUUAGUAAAGAACUGUCAAAAGAGAAAACUAAUGACGUCCAAGAUAUAAAUACUAUAAAAAAGAAUCUGCAUUCAUACUAUAAUACUUCUGACGUGGAGGAAUCCAAAGGAACAAGAGGAAUUAUUGAAGUUUCUCAAGAAUGCUUGUCAAUGGACGAACAAACGACAGUGGAAUUGGAACCAAAGUCAAAUAAAAUAAAAUCAAACUCUUUUGUACGACUUGCAUCGGACCAAUCAGAAGAUAGUAUCUAUGCAGCAAGUACAGUAAAUUAUAAUUCAUUUGCGAGGACUAAUUUGUGUAAGAAAGUCUUGGGUGUUUCUUCAGAUUCAGAUGCAUCGUGUUCUCUGUUUAGUAAUAGAACAACAAAUGAAGAAAACUUAACAUCUUCGAAUGAUGAUACAAAAAACAAAACAGAUGUAUUUUGCUCAAAGGCUCAAAUUACUAAAAGAAGAAACAAGAACAACAAACAAUUGAAAAGUGAUAUUCUUGCAGUUAACACAAGAGCAAGUCAAGAAUCUUCAAACACAGAAAACAUAUCCUUCGAAGACUCAUCUUUAUUUCCCACCAAAAUUAUUGAAAAUUCUCAAGAAAUUGAUACCGAUACUUCUACUAGCAAUCUACUUGAACAUAACAAAGUGAAUUCUAUUAGUAAAAUUGAUGAUUCCAAUGAAUCAUUAAGCGACAUAAGUAGUCAAGAAACCACAGCCCAGAGUUUAUCAAUGGACUCUGAAUAUUCAAAGAAAUCUCAAGAAAAUCUUGAACAUUGUGAUAAUAUUAAGAAAAAAGAAACUGUUUCUAAAGAAUCAGAGAAAUCAAAAAAAUCAGAGAAACAACAUACACAUGUACAUUUUGACAAUAGUUUGUUAAGCAACAAUUUGGAAAAGAUGGACGUAGACAAUGUUAACGAUUCCACUCCAUUAACAAAACGUUUACGUAAUUCAACGAUAGCCAAGUUACGAAGUCAUCAAAAUUACGGUUACCAACUGACACUAACAUCAGAAUCUGCAUUUAGGGGAAUCCCUAAAGAAGUAUCAACAAAUGCUUUACAGAACACUCAUCUGUCAUUGGUGGAUGUAUCUUCAAAAAUUUUGGAAAAUAGCGAAAAUCUUAAUGUGUCUGCUGACAAUUUUAAUGAAAAAACAUCGGUAUUCCUGAAACCAGGAAAACUCUGGGCCAGAUCUCUGUCUAUUUUGAAUAAUAUUCAAAAAGAUGCUGACUUGGAUGCGCUGAGUGUCAACAAAGGCAAAAAGUGGAGGCAAAGUGUUCAAGCGAUUCUUGCCAUGCAACAACGAACUCCUCGUAAAUCAAGCAUUUCUGGGAAUACAGGACUUAUACAAAGCUGUAUAAACACAAACGACAAUGAUAAGGAACCGGAAACGCAUCACAAAAUACGUCCAAGUGUUAACCGUUUAUCCUCUUCACAAGUGAAUACAACAUUUGGAUCUACAAGUCCUGGACGACACAUAAGACGUAUUUCUAUUCGAGUUGUUCCUGAUAAUAAGAAAUUCAGUCAUAUCAAACAUUCGCCCUUUUUGGAAGCUUAUGGACUAACAGCCAGCAAGAACAAAAAAUCUUAUUCUCAGUUAUCCACGCAAAUCGCACCAUUGAAAGAAACUGCAGUCUACAAUGUCCAGCAUAAGAAUGCAGCUAUCGAAACUUUUGAAACUGGUCCUGUAUUUACAGCCAGAGAAGUAGUAUUGCAGAGAUGUAAUCAGGAUGAUUAUAUACAAUUUGAAGAAUGUUUUCCUAAGUCAUAUCUGGAACGUUGUCGAAAAAUCGGCGAGGGUGUUUACGGGGAAGUUUUUAUCCACGAAGGAGAGAAGGAGAAUUCCGUUAUAAAAAUUAUACCAAUAGAAGGAAGAGAAUUGGUGAAUGGUGAAAUACAGAAAAAAUUCAGUGAGAUACUUUCAGAGAUUGUUAUAGCCAGGGAGCUCUAUAACCUCAGGUUCAAUGAUAAAUACAACAGCAACAGUUUUGUUGAAGUGAAGAACAUUCGUUGCAUCAUCGGAAAGUAUCCUGAAAAAUUAGUUGAACUAUGGAAGAUUUAUGACGAGGAGAAAAAUUCUGAUAAUGACUGUCCUUUGAUGUUCAAUGAUAAUCAAUUAUAUAUUGUACUAGAACUUGGACACGGGGGUCAGGAUUUAGAAGCAUUUGUAUUUCAAAAUGCAUCACAGUCCCACGCGUUAUUCAUACAGACUGCUUUUGCAUUGGCAGUUGCUGAAAAAUCUUUGGAAUUCGAGCACAGAGAUUUGCAUUGGGGCAAUAUAUUAAUAUCGCAUACGGAUGAGAAAGAAGUGCACUAUAAGCUAAAUGAUAAGAAAGUCUCAUUCAAAACUAAAGGUGUUCAGGCUGCAAUUAUAGACUUCACUUUGUCAAGAAUGUCGUAUCAAGGAUGCUGCAUCUUCAAUGAUCUUGCUCUGGACCCAGCACUAUUCGCAGCACAGGGUGAAUAUCAAUUUGAGAUUUAUCGACUUAUGCGCGACAAGGUCAACAACAAUUGGCAGAAGUUUGAACCCUUUACGAAUCUCCUCUGGUUACAUUACACACUGGAUAAAAUGAUCACAGCAGUAAGAUACAAAAAUAAAAAGACGAAAGUUCACAAGAAUGCCAUCAGUGAACUUCAGCAAUUGAAAGACGUCGUAUUGAAUUAUAAUAGUGCUUUUGAUUUUGUGACGAAUUGCGAGCAAGUAUCGAGGCUGCAGUGCAGCAACUAGGGUUUCUCGGCUUUAGCUUCAACUUAAAGAGAAGUCGAGAAUUACAGAAAUAAGACAAACAAAUAUGUGCCUUCUAAAACGUAUUUCUAAGUAUUAACCAAUAAUAAAUGAUUAUAGGAAAAAUCAUCCUCAAGGAAAUCAGAAAGUCGUUAGUCGUAAAUUUUUACUUAUAAAGCUAAA